AUGCCCACCCCGCUGGAGAUUGCCGUGGACACCAUGAUUAGAAUCUUCCACCACUGUUCCUGCAAGGAAGGGGACCGGUUCAAGCUGAACAAGGGGGAGCUGAAAAUGCUCCUGCAGCGAGAGCUCACGGAAUUCCUCUCGUGCACAAAGGAUCCCGAGGUGGUUGAUAAGCUAAUGCAGGAUCUGGAUGCCAAUAAGGACAACGAAGUGGAUUUUAAUGAAUUCAUGGUCAUGAUGGCGGCUCUGACGGUUGCUUGUAAUGAUUACUUUGUAGAACAAUUGAAGAAGAAAGGAAAGACAAGUAGUAAGCUAAUCCAAAGGCAGAAAUGUAGCCACAGAAAUAUGUUUACCUACUGUUCAUCUAUACCUUCCAGAUCCAUAGUCAUCGUGAUGCCAUUUAUAGAUAUAAUACACAUGUAA